AGAGCUGCUGACGAUCCAGUUCUGUCUCUGAUUUAAAAGCUUUAAAGCUGAUUAUCCUGAAGCUGCAGCGGCAGUUUGGAAUCAUUCCUAUGGAAAACCGACCUGCAGCUUUAUUUAAAGCCUGAAUUUGAGCUCCUCUGUUCAGGAUUUAAACUCAGCUUCUGUUAUUCUCAGAGUCCCAUCAGACUCAGAUAUUUGGAGCAAACUAAGAUCAUCAGACGUGGAGAACAUGGACAUGUCUGCUGGAGCUGCGUCCCUCUGCUCAGCUCUGCUGUUGGUCAGUCUGCUGCUGUUUGUCUCUGCAGAGCAGAAAACCAUCUCAGCUGAUCCUGGACAGAACGUCACUCUGACAUGUCGAGCUCCAAGCAACAACACCAUCAUUGUAGAGUGGAGCAGAGCUGAUCUGGGGUCAGAAUAUGUCCUUUUGUACCAGGAUGGUCAGUUUGUUCCAGAUAACCAGCAUCCAUCCUUCAAGAAGCGGGUGGAUCUGCAGGACAGACAGAUGAAGGAUGGAGACGUGUCUGUGAUCCUGAAGGACGUGACAGUUAAUGAUGAGGGAACAUAUGAGUGUCGUGUUUACAUGAGAGAACGUCUGAGGCUCAUCAGCAUCAUCUACCUGAGAGUUCAUCCUCCAGGUCAAACAAGAGGACUCACACUCAGAGAGGAUGGAGGAGAGGAGGAUGCAGGGAAGGAGGAUGCAGGGAAGGAGGAUGGAUCUGCUGGGCUGCUCAUUGGUCCAUUAGUUUUUCUGAUAGUCUCUGCUGUGCUUGUUGUUGUUAGUUGUGCUGUGACUGUUGUUGUUGGUGUUUGUGUUGGUGUUGUUGUGAUGUGCAGAGGCGGUACUAGCAGAGGGUCGUACAGGUUUACCAAUCAGUGAGAGAUCAUUAAGAGCUCAACCACAUCCUGAAGAUCCAGCUGAUGAAUGUAGACGUCAGACAUGUUCAAAUCUCAGUGUCUCACCUGAGACACUGUGUGUGUGUGUGUGUGUGUGUGUGUGGCUCCUAGAGAGUCAGUAACCUCCUUGUUCACUGAUCAGCUGUAACUGUAUCCACUGUAACUGUAUCCACUGUAACUGAGGUUUGGGAGCGUUGGGCAUGUGUAGUAAAAUUGCACCCACAUAUGAUAGAGCAAUAAUUCAUUUUGCAUAUGAAACCAGAGGAUUCACACUUAGAUAUCACACAUUCAGCCUGUCCCAGAGAUCUGCAUCCUUCCUCUAACAGGGUCACAGGAAUACUGCAGAAAGCACUACAACAGAAGUACUCUGUGUACUUUAGUUCAGUGAAGUGUUGAUGUGGGUCUAAAAUAUGAACUUUGACCUUUCCUCCCUAUGUGCA